CAAACUAUUGCGCACAGUUGAACACUAUCCUAUCAUGGCUUAUCAUAGUCACUACAACAGCGACACGGGUUUCAAGCUGUGCUGUGGUAUUCCGCUCGUUCCGCUUAACCCCGCCGGCUCAGAGUCUAGCUUUGAUCCAGUAGAAGAAGCAAUUGAGCUGUUCAGGCCAAAUUCCCUGUUUAAAAACUUUGAGUUCCGGGGACCUGGCGAUAAGCUGCUGGUGUACCUGAUUAUCUUCAUCAAUAGCUGCUUGCGGCGCCUCGCCGAGCGCAAGCCGGGGCCGCCACGGGAGGAGGCGCGCCAGCUGCUGUACGCGCACGCACACGACCGGUUCGCGCUGCCGGGGCAGGCGGGCUUCCCUCUCAGCGGCCUGUUCACGGCGCCGGCCAGCCGGGAGGAGGAAGAUUCCAUCCGCACCUACCUGCGCCAGUGCCGGGAGGAGGUCGGCCGCCGCCUUCUAGACCGGCUCUACGGCCCAGCCGCCGCUGCGCCUGGCGGUUCGGGUGCGCCUGCCUCUGCCGCUGCUUCUUGCGCUGCUGCUACACCCAACAAGCACUGGAUGGCGUUUGCCAACCGGCGCUUUUUGGACCGCACCAUGUGAAAUGCUUGCUGGACACACGCAGCGUGCAGACGGUCCGCAGGAGGGGGCGGCAUAACGUUUUGACACGACAUGUUACCGCGUACCGCCGGGGGGGGCGGCCUCACUCUGGUAGGCCGUAGCUGUGUGGGUCAGAUGCAAUUAUGGACGUUGAGAGGCUGUAGUUCAACAGUUGCGAUUGCGCAAGCAGGUGGGCAGAUGGGCAGGCGUUGUCAUGCAAGGGAUCGGGCACGGGCAAGGGAUCGGGCACGGUCGUGUGCGUGACCAUGAUACAUCACUCCGUGCGUGAGCGGGCGGAGAUGAAGGAGGUGACGUUUCAGUUCUGUCCGACAGCAGAGACGGUAGCGGAUGUGCUGACGAAGGCACUGACGCCAUGAUUGUUCGGUGAUGCCGGUAGUGCGGCAUGGGGCGGUGGGUGAAACCGCAGGUACGGUGAGUGAAACCGUAGACGCAACAAUGUAGGGGAGCAUUCGGACACGGGGCAGUCGUGCUGUCAUGAUUGUCUGUGGAUUUCUGGAUGGACUGGAAUGCGGUAGAAUGCCAUUAUAAUUUGUGCUGAUGAUGGACGAGGACAUGGGAGCGUGAUGCAACCAUUUGAAAUGACACAAAGUGACUAGAAGCGGAAAGCGUACGUGGUGAGAUAUGAGGCUAACGUGACACGUAGAAUGGGUAUGGAGUUCUGCCCGCGGGGGAGUGUUGACAUAUCGGUCAGAAGUUCAAAACUACACCAGGGAGAACGUAGGGGGUCUGAGAGUGCGUGUCGGACAAGGUAUGCAUGGUUCUGUUGCAAUAUCCUGUGGUAUGGACAAAGAGGAGUGAUCAGUGCAGGUUGUAUCACACCAAAAGGGAAGAACUCGCAUGGGAAAAGUGGGCUGCGCCCACGCCACGUCUUUAGUCUGAGGCCACAAGCGUUUACCUCAUCUCCCGG